AUGAACAAGGCAGAGCUGCAGAUGACCCUGAAGAAGGGGGCGGAUGAGGGGUGCGCGGUCCCAAGCCCUAUCAUUCCUCCAAAGCGGGCCAAGGCCUAGCCUUACCCAGACCAGGAGGUCCCGGACUCUGGGGCUUCCUUGUUCCCCACCCAGACCCCUCCAGCAUUCGUACGCAAAAUGAGGAACGCCGCUGUGGGAACCAUCUGCGACAUCCGUCUGAAAGUGGUGGUGGUAGGAGACCCACAGCCCUCGCUCUACUGGUACCACAACGACGACAUGCUGAAUAUGGUUAACCAGGAGUAUGGGGGCCUGUUGAUCAGGGACUGCAAGCCCAGCGAUGCCGGCCUCUACACUUGCAUCGCCAGCAACCACUUGGGGAAGGUGCAGAGUGGCGCCAUGCAUGCCAUCCUGGACCUGGAGGAAGACUCCGAGACCACAGAAGACGAAGGUGGAGACCACAUUGAGACCAAAGAAGGAAGCAGAGGUAUUCAGAACCAGGCUAUGCAUGCAGGGGACAGAAUGAUGGACAGCUGGGGCAAAGGACUUCAAGACAUCUCCAAGCCCUCCAGGAGCCAAUCUGAAAAUGUUUUGAGGGAAUCCUCCCCACAAGUCCUCCCACCCCUCUCCCCCAGAAUUAUUAAAUGCCCCUCCACUUCUCCAAUGCCAAGCUGCUCUGGAUCAGCCCCGAACACACCCCUCACACCCCGCAAGACACAUUUUGUACCAACCGACUACCAAGACACAAUCCCUGCUGAAUUUGAGGAAAUGUUAAGACAUCCAAAAUUAUCAGCCAUGUCUCAAAGCAGCACUCAGAAUUCCCUUACUCAAACACCUGUCAGUGUCAACGAGUGCUCCCACAAGGAGUACCAGCCUAGGCAGUCCCCAAAACUGACCAGAGCAAGCUCCAAGAUCUUUGAGAAGGUGCGCGGUUUUGAAGAGCGAAGGCAAAGUUAUGACCAUGAAGGCUCCAUCUCGGGAUGGUCCUGGGCCGGGUACAACUAUGCUGGGUCUGUCGACUCAGACGAUGGAGGGAACCGGUUGGGCAUCUCCAGAGGGAGUUCGAGGGAAGACCUACGAGAGGGUCUGAAGGAUGACGCUGCCGAACGGAGGUCCAAUUUCAGACAGAAGGCUGCAUCCUUAGAGGACUGCAGGCCCCGUACCACCCAGGAGGUCCAGGAAUUUGAGAACAAGUUCACUGAAGAGGCUCAACGAAUCAAGAAGCUUGUGGGUAAACCUCACGUGAAGAAGUCCUUCUCCAUCGAGCAGCUUUCGCUCAGGGAAAGAGGCAGGCAGCCUUUGAGGAAGAUUGAGCCCCCCCCACCGCAAAUUCUCCAGAAGCUCCAGGAAAGGGAGCGAGCCCAUCAGGAGAAGGAGCAGAAAGAGACAGAACAGCCUAAACAGGUGGUGCCACCAAAAUCACCACGCCUGCACCUACAAGCACGGCAGGACCAGCCUUCGCCCCCAACCCACGAAAUUGAGGGCCCCUCCAUGAGUAACAUAACAGUCAGUAGAUUGGGAGAAGUAGCAUUCGCUCCAGAAUCUAUGCAACUGGCUGACUUAUCGAGACAGAGGCCAACAAGACAGGUAAAUCGAGUCAGUCCAAUCAAGGAGAUCCUUCAGAGGUCUCCAUCACCAGUUGUUCAGAGGGUAUGUGAUACGCAAGAGUCUCAGGACAUCCAAGAAUCUCUUGCCCAAAAGUCCCCAAAGGAAGAAUCGUCAGGAAGACAAACACCUGUAGAGGUAGCCUUAAGAAAAGUAGAGUAUAAACCAGAAAGUCCAUUGGUACAGAAAAAGCCUACCGUUGUACAAGAGCAUCCAAUACAACCUCCGCAAAAACCUCCAUGGCUGGUUACCUCUUCAACAAAUAUUCCAGUCUCCCCAUCUGAGGAAAAAAUGGAAGUGGAAUUAAUCAAGCCAGCCCCCAAGGUAAUCAUACCUACCAUCAUUGUCAAAGAAGAGCCCAUGGAAGAGGAAGCUCCUCCAGAGACUGCCAAGUCUAAAGAGGUGACCAAUGUGAAAGAAGGCCAAACACAGAAGACCUGGGGGAAGGGUCGCUGCGCUAGGCCCAUGUCUCCAGAGUUAGAUUCUUCAGACGACUCUUACAUGUCUGCUGAAGAGGACCCCUUGGAGGCCCCUAUGUUUGAGUUUCCUCUUAAGGACACUGUGGCAACUGCUGGUACUGAGGUCCUGCUAAGAGUCAUCAUUGCUGGCACUCCUCUCCCAGAAGUUACCUGGAGGCGAGACAAUAUUGAGAUGAUCACUAACAGCCCAAACUAUGGGGUCAAAGUGGAGGGAGAGCGGUAUUCACUUCUCAUCAAAUCUGCAAAGCCAAGUGAUGCUGGAAUGUACUGUGUGACAGCUGCCAAUGAGGCUGGGAGAGCAUCUAGCAGUGCCACCCUUUCCAUCAAACCAGAGCCCAUGCAGGAGCCGCAGGGGAACCUGGGUGUUCUUAGGGACAUCAGCAGCCCUAUCACAUCUGAUGAAGAGUACCUCAGCCCACUGGAGGAAGGCAUGGAUUUUGGAGGGCCUGAGACAAGGAAGAUAGUCGACACACGAUUCAAGGAGCCCCCUGCAUUCCAGGUAACUAUGAAUGAUCAAGCGGUCAUUGAGGGGCAAGAAGUGACCAUGUCUGUCCGACUAAAUGGACAGCCUAAACCCAUGCUUUAUUGGCUGAGGGACAGGGAGACGAUAAAAACAGACUUGCACCACACAGUGCGCGAGACCAAGGACGGCACUUUUGAAAUGACCAUCAACUCUGCUCAGAAGUCGGACACGGGAGUGUACACCUGCAAGAUCAUCAAUGAGUAUGGAACAAAGCAGUGCGAAUGCAAACUAGAGGUGAAAGUGCCACCAGUGGAGCCAGGCCUAACAAUUAUCCGUCCAGUGAUGGACAUCACAGCGGACGCAGGUGAGACGGUUAUGUUAGAUUGCCACAUAAUUGGACCACUGGACACAGACGUCGAUUGGCUUGCAGAUGGUAAACUGAUCCAGCCAUCUCUGCUCAACUGCAAAAUGCAUUAUGACGGGAAAAGGUGCAUGCUGCUCCUCAACUCAGUGCACGAGGACGACAGUGGCACCUAUAUGUGCAAGCUGACCUCGGCCAAAGAGGAACUGACUUUGAGUGGCCAACUCAAAGUCAUCCCUUCCAUCAAGCCCCUUUUCACCCGCAAGCUGGAUGCCUUUGAGGUGAUUGAGGGACGUAGCGCCCGCUUUGACUGCAGAGUCAGCGGAACACCACCUCCAAAAGUCAGCUGGAGACAUUUUGACCAUACACUGGUAGAGAGUGACAAUGUGCAGAUCUUACAAGAGGGAGGACGUCACUCCCUCGUAAUCUCUCAUGUCACCAAUGAGGACGAGGGCUUCUACACAGUCAUCGCUUGCAAUCCACACGGCGAUGCCGAGAGUGCCACUGAACUCUAUGUCCAGGAGCCCAAACCUGCUAUGUCAUCUCAAAUGGUGAAGCUAGAGAAGAUGACGUCCAUCCCGGAGGAGCCUGAGGUGCUGGUCAACGAGGUUGAGCGCUUCAUCAUGCCUGACUUUGUCAAGCCACUGUACGACCUGGACGUGAUUGAGGGCAAGGAGGCCGUGCUCAAGUGCAAGGUGGCCGGCCUGCCGUACCCCACAAUCGUGUGGUUCCACAAUGGCAAGAAGAUCGACAGCAUGCAGAACAGGAAAUUGACACAGUUCAGAGACAUCCACAGCCUGGUCAUCAGCUCUGUCUGCCAUGCUCACGGAGGGGUGUACAAGAGUGUCAUCUCCAACAAGGUGGGCAAAGCCACUUGCUAUGCCCAUCUAUUUGUGACUGAUGUUCUUCCAGACCCUCCAGAUGGGCCCCCAGUAAUAGAGGCGGUUACUGGCAAGACUAUCACCCUGAGCUGGAAGAAACCCCGGAGGCUGGAUCCCUCUAUUGAUCCCAACACGUUGAUGUAUGCCAUCCAACAACAAACACUGGGCUCGAUCCAGUGGACCAUCAUAGUGUCCAGUCUAAAAGACCCUUGCUAUACAGUGACCAGCUGCUCCAAAGGAGUCUGCUAUGCCUUCAGGGUCCUGUCAAUCACCACCAAGGCCUUUAGCAAACCCUCUCCGUCCACAGACCCAGUGCAACUUGUCAACAGAGGUCCAUAUCUUCAGGAGAGUCCGGUGAUCAUUGAUAAGCCAGACAUAGUCUAUGUCCUGGAGAACCUGUCAUUCAGCAUCACCAUCACUCUGAACCACGUCAAUGCUUCAGUUAUCUGGAAGAGGAGUGGAGUGGUCCUUGCAAUCAACCCUGGGCUGUAUGAGAUGAGUAUGCCUGAUGAUGACCAGCACUCUCUGAAGAUCAUGAGGGUGAAGAGUGGCGAUGUGGGUCAACUGAUGUGUGUUGCCUCCAACAAGUUUGGGGUCGACUCCUGCAUCUUUAGUGUGGAAAUGGCAGCACCCCCAACCUUUGAGUCCAUCAUGGAGGAUGUGGAUGUGCACAUGGGGGAGACACCUUGCUUGGCUGUGGUUGUGGAGGGCAAGCCCAUUCCCGACAUCCUUUGGUUUAAGGAUGAUACAUUGUUGUGUGAGAGUAGUCACAUCACCUUUGUGUAUGAUGACAACGAAUGCUCCCUUGUGCUGCUCAACACAAGUCCAGAAGAUUCAGGGGUGUAUACCUGCACAGCCAAGAACCUGGCUGGUUCUGUGUCCUGUAAGGCUGAGCUCACCGUGCACAUAGUUAAAGAAGACAAGGAGGAUACAAUGGAGGACGAGGAGACCGUUUUCAGGAAGAUGCGCCGGCUGACUGACUACUAUGACAUCCACAAGGAAAUAGGGAGAGGGGCUUUCUCCUAUGUGAAACGAGUGACGCAGAAGGUUGGUAAAAUGGAGUAUGCUUCCAAGUUCAUCUCUGCCCGAGCCAAGAGGAAGGUCUCUGCUCUGAGAGAGAUGAAACUACUGUCUGGGCUGGACCAUGAGAGAGUCCUGUAUUUCCAUGAUGCCUUUGAGAAGAAGAACGCAGUCAUCAUUGUCACAGAGAUAUGCAAUGAGGAGUUGCUGGAGAGGUUAAUAAAGAAAUCUACAGUAAUGGAGUCAGACAUCCGCUCUUGCAUGAGACAGUUGCUGGAGGGUGUGGACUACCUUCACCAUCAAAAUAUCAUCCAUCUGGAUAUCAAGCCUGAUAACAUCCUCAUGGCAGACCACCAUGGUGAUCAAAUCCGCAUCUGUGAUUUCGGAAAUGCCAUAGAGCUCACACCCGACGAGGCUCAGUACUGCAAAUACGGCGCACCAGAAUUUGUUGCCCCAGAAAUUGUCAACCAAACUCCUGUGUCCAAGGCAACUGACAUCUGGCCGAUUGGAGUCAUUACAUAUCUGUGCCUGACUGGAGUGUCUCCGUUUGCUGGAGAGAAUGACCACAGAUCCGUGCUCAACAUCAGGAACUACAAUGUGGCCUUUGAUGAGAGUAUGUUCACUGACCUGUGCCAAGAAGCCAAGGGAUUCAUCAUCAAACUGCUGGUGGCAGACAGACUGAGGCCUGAUACAGAAGAGGGUCUCCGUCAUCCAUGGUUCAAGACCCUUACCAAGGGGAAGGCAAUAAGCACAGAGACCCUCAAGAAGUUUGUGGCGCGCCAAAAGUGGCAGCGGUCCCUUAUCAGCUACAAAUCCAAAAUGGUCAUGAGGUCCAUCACUGAGUUGCUGAAUGACUCAUCCAGCCACAUCUCCAUCGCUGUUCCCAGACACCUCAAAGAGGGCUCACCCCCACCAUCAUCGUCCUCUGACUCCGACGAAGAUAUUGACAAGCUGCCCUUCAUUCCAAUGCCACUUAGUAUGGAGUUCUCCGGAUCAAGAAUGUCUCUAAACGAGAUCCAGGAAGGCACAAGCCGGUCAAACGGCACUAUUGAAAGUUCAGGGACAGCAGUCACCCAUGGCCAAGAGGCGAUGGAGUGUGAAUCCAUGGGGAAAGAGAAAGAGGCUGGAGAUUCCACAGGUAGGGGUCGCGCCAGGAAGAGGUUGAUGCAAGAAAAUGACAAGGGGUCUUCGGAUGAGGAGUUGGCAGAGUUGGCACAAGUAUCUGAGAAUGCUAGAAGGCCCUUGUGCAGAGGCUCGAGCUUGGAGUUGGACAAGCAAGAGGGUGGACCCAGAAGGGGGCAGCUGCAUAGAGGGGGCUCUGCUGACAGCGCGCUGCUACUCCACAUCGUUCCAGAAGAUAGAGCAGAUGACGAAAUCACUGAAAAAGGCAGACAAGUCCUCAAAAAGGCGGUAUCCAUGGAGUUCCCUAGGAGGAGCGUGAGUCCAGGUCCUCUGAGUCAAGAGGACUAUGCUCACAAACUGGAGCUGAUGAGGCAGAGGUUGCUCCGAGAUGGCUCUGUGGACAAGAAAAUGAGCGGCCUGCGAGGACCCCUGCUGGAGACACUGGGUAUGGAUGAUGGAAGGUGGCGGUCAUCGUUGCUGGAGCGCUACUCGCGCACUACUCCCUUAUGGGUUCCUCCAUUAACCAAGGCAGUCUCCAGCGACGAGCCCAGAGUGGACGUGCUCAAACCCAAAUUCCUUCGCAAGAGCGCCUCCUUCAGUCAAGGAGAUGAUGCAGAGCCCGUUCCCCUGCACCGACGCACCGGGGUACCACUGGAAAUCCCGCUGGCUCAGAUAGAGGAGCGAAGGCUAAAGGAGGCCAUAUCCAUGUCUGCUCUCACUGAGCCAUUCAAUAAUGACUCCUGCCCCGUGACUCUCAUUGAACCUACCCCUAAACUUCCCACACCAAGCCCAGUGCCUAGGGAACAUGAGACAAAAACUAAGAUGGAGGAAGAGGACUCAUCAAUAGACAUGGAGAUUAAGACUGAGAAGUCCAUUCAUGAAAAAACGAUGAUGGAACCAGAGUACAUGGCCCCGAGGGAGCCUAUCCCUCCUUGGAGGGAGUAUAGCCCUCCUGUGAGGGUUCUUAAAUUAGAGGAACAAAUUAAGAAAGAUAAAGAAGAGAUUGAGGAAAAUGAGACUGUUCCUGUUGUUGAAGAAAAAGCUAGGGAAGUUGAAGAAGUACACAAAGAAGUUCAAAAAGAUGAAAAAAAAGUAGAAAAGGAACUGAAGGCACAAGUGAAAUCUUCUAAGAUGGUCAUUACUACAAGUUUGUAUAGGGUCACGCCAGCACCAGCAUCUUCAAGAGCACCAGCAAAUGUUAUGACUCCCUCUCCACCUGCCCUAACUGUGCUCCCAGAUGGUAGGACCUCUGCGUACACUAGCAUAAUGCAGACCAUCAUGGUCCCCUUGCUUCAGCCCCUAGUUAGCCCCCUGUUAGCAGACUCCACCCUUGUGGUUGUUCCAGUCCCUGUGCAAGCACCAACAUUUAUAAACACACCUACAUCUGUCCCGGGCCCAACAAAGCCAGUCACUCUGCUAUCCACACCAGGGGAACAGCCUGCAGUCUAUUCAAGGGUGGCAUCCCCCGAGCCCAAGGAACCGAGUCCACCCAAGGUUUCCCCAUGCACUACACCCCAGUGUGAGCUCUCGCCAGUGGGACAAAUCCUCUAUGGCAUUGCCUCUGAGGAAGUAUUUGAGGCCCGCUUCAAAAAACGUGAGUAUUCUCUAACGCGAGGCCUGCAGCUUCUCAACUGGUCAAAGCCUGAGAAUAAACCAGUAGCCUCUUUGGACUCUGCCAAGUCAGGCGAAGAUGUAUACCACCCUGGGCCCAUUGGAGCGCCGUUUGUAUUUGUCCCCAGGAGACUGGAGGAGAAAUCCAAGUCGGUACAGGAUCUCUGCGAGACCCAGAAGGACGAAGGCUUUAUGAGAAGGCUUUCCAUGCAACUCAAGAGGACUCCUUCAACCGAAAGCAAGGAAGAAAAGCCCAAGGAGGAAGAACCAGUGACUCCCAGGCGCCGGCUCUCCUGGGCUUUCCGCAGCCGAAGAGGAUCCCAUUCCCAGGAGAGGAAGGAGGUGGAGACGAUGAGGAUGGAUAGGGGAAUAGAAGCUGAGGCGGAGCAGGAGGACAAGGAGCCGGAAAAGCCCAACGAGUUACCGGUUAUGGCCAUGCGUAGGAAGAUCGAGUCGACCGUGUCCAGGAUAUCCAGGAGGAUAGCGUCAGAGGAAAGGGAAUCCAACAAGCCAGAGAGCAAGAAGACACCCCUGUUCUCCAUUCUGCACAGGUCGACUUCUGAGGGACGUAGCGUAAAGAGUAUGGCUGGAUCCGGUAUCCCUCAAAACCAGCUGGCUUCUCAGUCAGGCACCGGAACCUCCUCAGAGUCCAUGGAAUCUAUGUUCAGCAUCAAGUCGGAGAGAACAUCCAAAGGGGCAGAGGUAGGAAGGAGGUCCCGAUGGGACCGUUGGGGCCUAACCAGAGCUAGCAAGAAGGGCAAGAUGGUAUCGGAGUCUCACAUCCCCACGGCUAUAGCCAGAGAGAAUGACACCCUAAGCUCCCGCUUGUACACCAGACUGGCAUCUGACUUCCCUCCCGUUUUCCACAUCAAGUUGAGGGACUACACCCUGCUGGAGGGAGAUCCCAUCACCCUUAGCUGUCUCCCAGCUGGCAGCCCCCAUCCACACAUCUCCUGGAUGAAAGAUAAGAAGCCUCUGCAGAUUGACGCCAGAAUGAACAUUAUCUCCUGUCCUGAUGGCAGGCAGCUGCUGAUGAUCAUGACAACCACCAAGAAGGAUGCAGGGCUGUAUGAGUGUGUGGCAACAAACCUUCUUGCUUCGGUCUCCAGCUCCUGUAUCCUCUCCCUCACUCGUUUACCCAAUCGCCCUGGGACUCCUGAGGUUCCCCAGCGCUAUAAGAACACUGCCCUGGUCCUCUGGAAGCCCUCAGACAGUAUGGCUCCCUGCACCUACUCUCUGGAGAGAAAAGCAGAGGGUGAGUCAUUCUGGCUCAUCGUGGCCACAGGAGUGGCUGACUGUUACUACAAUGUGGUUGACUUGCCAGGAGAGGGCGUCUUCAGGUUUAGAGUGGCGUGUGUGAACAAGGCAGGCCAAGGACCCUACAGUAACCUCUCAGAGGUAGAGUGCCUGGACGCUUCAGUGCCAACAAAAUGCAGUGGGUCAGUCGUUGUGAAGACAGUCCCUGCAGCACCAGUGGUCAAAACGUCAACAAUGACUGUCCCCUCCUUGAAGCCUGUGCCUAGUAAAGAGGUGCACCCCCCUAUCGCUACUAUCCCCGCCUCUAAACCUAUUGAUUCCAAACCCAUAGUCCCUCAGACCCCAACCAGCGCUGCUUCCGCCCCCAUGAUUAUUAGUGAGGGCCCAUCCUAUCUGGCCAUCCCUGAGAUCCAAAGCCUACUUCUGGCUCAGCACGCCCCAGCCCCGGCCAAAGCCAAGACCCUCAACAUCAACGUCACGAAACCUACACCGUCUCAACCAGCAAUCAUAACCAAGCUCACUCCCCCUAUCGUUCUCCCCAAACCCCAGAGUCCCGUCAAUAUUGUCUCGCCCAUGAUUAAGACCCCGCCCCCACUUGUGGCCCCUGCGCCCGCCAUCUGUACACCCACUUUGUCUGUGCCCAUGUAUGCACCAAUACUGGCUGCCACACCACGCGUCACCCCACCCUUCCUCUCCAUCCCCGCCAUCUCAUCCCCAAUCAUACUAAUUUCCAGCACGAGUCCAGAAGGGGAGGGUGGGGUUACAACCGCACGUAUGACGCUGUCAAGAUGCAGAACGCCCUUGGGUGGACGACCUAGUGAGAGCACCCUGCGCCAGGGAGUGCCCCAGAAGCCAUACACCUUCAUGGAUGAGAAGGCCAGGGGCCGCUUCGGCGUGAUCCGAGAAUGUAGAGAGAACGCCACAGGCAACCUGUUCAUGGCUAAGAUUGUGCCCUACGAGACAGACAACAAACAGACGGUGCUGCAGGAGUACAACAUCCUCAAGUCCCUCCACCACGAUAAGAUCAUGGCUCUGCACGAGGCGUACAUCACGCCCCGCUAUCUGGUGCUCAUCUCAGAGUGCUGCAGGGGGAAAGAGCUCAUCUACAGCCUUAUCGACAGAUUCCGCUACUCAGAGGAUGAUGUGGUGGGCUACAUCAUUCAGGUUCUGCAAGGUUUGGACUACCUGCACAACCGCCGCAUCCUCCACUUAGACAUCAAGCCGGAGAACAUCAUCAUCACAUACACGAACAUGGUGAAGAUCAUAGACUUUGGAAGCGCCCAGACCUUUGACCCACUCUUCCUCAAACAGUUCAGCCCUCCUGUUGGAACUCUGGAGUAUAUGUCUCCCGAGAUGUUGAAGGGGGAUGUGGUGGGCCCUCCGGCUGACAUUUGGAGUGUGGGCGUGUUGACCUUCAUCAUGCUGAGCGGCAGGUUGCCUUUCAUGGAGAAUAAUCCACAGGAGACUGAAGCCAGAAUCUUGGCAGCCAAGUUUGAUGUGGGAAAACUCUACCAGAACGUGUCUCAAAGUGCCUCUCUGUUUUUUAAAAAGGUCCUCUGUAGUUACCCUUGGGCCCGUCCUUCCAUCAAGGACUGCUACAACAACUCAUGGCUCCAGGACGCCUACCUGAUGCGGAUGCGGCGGCAAACCCUCACCUUUACCACCACACGCCUCAAGGACUACCUGGACAAGCAGCAGAAGCUGCGGGCGGGUGUGGCCACCAAGCACAAGGUCCUCCUUCGGUCGUACCAAAGCUCAUCCCAGUCCCCCACCAGCCCUAUACCCCCAUCUCCCAUGACACCGGUCACACAGUGA